AUGUACCGCCAGAUAUUAGUUCACAAGGACCACACGAACUUCCAAAGGAUACUUUUCCGGCCAGAACCCACUAGUCCCAUUAGAGAUUAUGCCCUUAAUACCGUGACUUUUGGUGUUAGUUCAGCCCCCUACUUGGCAAUAAGGACAAUUUUGCAGUUAGCUCGUGAUUCAGCGGAUACACACCCUCAGGCGUCUCAAAUUUUGCAGAGAGAAAUUUACGUCGAUGACGUCCUCUCAGGAGCACACAAUAUAGCCUCAACUAUUGAUUCCCUAUCACAAUUAAUCAAAGUCCUAAGUUCAGCCGGUUUUCCUUUCAAAAAGAUAACUUCAAACUGCCCACAAGUUAUAAAUUCCGUCCCAAAGGAUUGUCUGUUGGAUACGAAUUUUCUAAAGUUCAAUGAAACUAGUUCGGCAAAGACAUUGGGUAUCCAAUGGAACGCCCUCAACGACCAAUUUUCGUAUCAAGUUGCAAAUAUAUCGCCCUCUGAAGCUAUAACUAAAAGGCAAACAUUAUCGGCUUCUUCGAAGCUUUUCGACCCAGCUGGUUGGAUUUCCCCAAUAAUCAUCCAGGCAAAAUUCCUUUUGCAACAGCUGUGGUUGGAAGGGACCGAUUGGGACGAGAAUCUGGCUGAUAUAAAAAUACCUCGCUGGAUCAAUUUUGCCCCAUUAUAUCAUACGCAGAUACACGGUUUCUGUGACGCCUCAGAAAAGGCGUACUGUGCUGCGGUCUACUUGAGAACUCGAACGGAGGAUUCUGUCCAGUGCCACCUUCUUGUCUCCAAAACGAAGGUCGCUCCUAUUGAUCCAAACUACGAUAUGUUUCUCUGGUGUGAUUCGUCCAUUGUACUGGGCUGGCUGGAAAAACCACCUAAUACGUGGAAAACUUAUGUGGCCAACAGGACUUCCAAAAUCCUCCACAAUGUUGGAAACUGCAUCUGGCGUCAUAUACGCUCCGCAGAUAAUCCAGCAGACCUAGGAUCCCUGGCACAUAAUUAUAAGUACACCUUUGAAGAGUUCUCCACUCUAUUAAUUCGUAUUGAAGCUGUUUUGAAUUCUCGGCCACUAUCACCUAUGACCGAUGAUCCCCACGAAAUAUUGGCAUUGACACCAGGACAUUUUCUGAGGGGUGCCCCAUUGAUGGCCUUUCCAGAAACACCCUCAGAACCCCUUUGUUUAACAGAUAGAUGGGAUAAACUCAAGGCUCUUCAGCACCAAUUCGCUCGUCGAUGGAAGGACGAGUACUUGAAAGAACUCCACAGAAGAGAAAUAUUCCAUUAUAGGGGUCCUAAAAAUUCAAACCUACACCAGUGUCUCAUCUGCCGUAAGUAUCAUCCGUUGAAAUACUGCAAAAUGUUCUUGGCAAUGAGCGUUAAGGAUCGGCGUCGAGCUGUGCGAGCUCAUGGGUAUUGUAUGAAUUGUAUGGCAAGAUCACAUGAUUCGGCAGGCUGUACAUCACCGGACUUGUGUCAGCGCUGCGGCCAUGCACAUAAUACACUAUUGCAUCUUCCUAUUACAGAUCGUAUACAAGCUAGACCUUCCAAAAAAUGUGAAACUCCAAGAAAUGUACGCUCUAAUGUCACAAGGCAAAGUAAAUCGGUGAGAAACCAAAAUGGAAUUAACAGACGGAAUUUAGCCGAGUGUAAACGACAACGAUCUCAACAAAAGACAACCUCUUCACUUCCUCCCACUACAAAUUUACGGCGAUGUGUGCAGAUUGCGAUGAUGGCAUUGGAUCGUCUGCAAAGGACUCUUUAA